AUGGAUGACUUGAAUGCAAGAUACAAGGAUUUGAUAGAGGCAAGGAAAAAUGUUCGUAGCCAUAGCGGAUCAGAUGGAAGGUGCAUGACUUUUUGCCCGGAAGUGGAGGGUUUAGAGCGAACACUCAAGAAUGACGUAUCGGCGUAUGAGAAUGAAGUGAUGGUGAAAAAGCACCGUAAAGUAGUGCCUGGGGCAGGACGAGAGCAUAUUGAUGACAUAAGGCCUGUGCAUGUACUGCUCAAUGUUGUGGAUCACCUUACUAAGCUAAGCAUGCGAAAUCAAAGCAUACAGAUGUAUAAGUUUGUGGAUAACAGAUUCAAGGCGGUUUUAAGCGACCUUAGGCUUCAGAGAGGAAACUGUGCAAGUGCAGCAAGCGUAACGGAGAAGAUUGUGCGCAUUUAUAUUGUUUUCCGGUAUGUUCUGUAUAACCACCCGCACUUUGAUAGAGACAUGAACCUUAGCCAGAUGAAGCGAAUAUUGGGAGAUCUUCUGAGGCAUUAUGAUCAAGAAAAUACAGUUGGCGAGGAAGAUUGCUGGAGAAGAGAACAAUACUAUUGCUACUAUAUGCUUGUGAAUUUGGAUUCCAAGUGUUUUCCGGUGAUGGCUAGACGCGUGGAUGGGUUGAUGAUGGAUGUGUGCAGCGAUGUGAUGGUGAAGUACCGGCAAGGUAACAUCAGCGGGUUUUUGAAAGAGAUUAGAAGAUUGGACUUUCUUGGAUUCUGCAUAGCACAAGGAUUUGCAGGAAUUCUUAGAAUGAGAUGUGCCCAAGGGUUUAAGAAGGCGCUGACUGAGAAGUUGAAUAUUGAGGUGAUGAAGGAUUUUUUUGAGCUUGAGCAGGAGGAGCUGGUGGAAAUAAUGAGAUCAAACGGAGUUACAGUGAAAGCAGGGAUGGUUGAUUUUGAGCAUAAGGGCGUGAAUGAAGAGCCAAAUGCCUCUCUAGUGUUUAAGAAACUUUCGACGCAUGUAAGGCAUCCAGAAUGUUUCAUGCCAUUAGAAUGUGCCGACUAUGAGAUAUUCAGGUAUGCAUUGCGCAAAACUGUAUAUAGAAGAAUAGAAACGCUGAUUUGCAUGCAGAAAGCAAGCGAAGAUGCGAAUGAUGGUGUGAAAUCAGUAUAUGAAUACAAAAAUGAGAUGAGUAUGGCCAGCACGCACGAAAUUAUGUUAGAAGAAGCGCAGCCAAAAGGCAUGAUGGCGAGUGGCAGAGCAGUAGACAAUGUGAAUGCAAAUGUGAAUGGAGAAUCCGGAACGGAUGUGCAUUUACAGAAGGAGCGAAUAAGAAGUGUGUGCAUGGAGAUUCUUGAAGAGCUUGUGAAUAUAAGCGUGAUUAAGUUUGUGAGUGGAAUAAUACGUAGAAGAUUUCUGGAAGGCUUUGUUUUGGAAUGGCAAAGCAAAGCAUGUGCACAAAGGAAAUGUGGCGAUAUGCUAUUGGUUGUGCUUGAUAGAAGAAUUUUGUCUGCGACAUUCAAAGACAAGCUUUACAAAUCUAUUCUGAAUACCGUUAUGCCUAAGUUUAUGUAUGCAGACGAAGCGAAUAUUGAUGAUGUGCUUGCAUACAAGCUAUGUGUAUUUUCUGCACCUCAAUAUGCACAUGCAGAAAUAUAUGAAAGGUACCGCAUGGGAAACAUAAUUGUUGACACGCCGCAUAAUCUUAGCAAAAGAAUGGAUGAGAUACAUGCAAGAAUGGUAAAUAGCGCUAGAGUGAUUAGGGCAAGAUUAACAAAAGCUGUUGAGGGAAUGUGCAAGAGCAAGGCCAUGGAAGUAAUUGUUGAGCUUGCCAGCAAUGGUAAGAAUGAUGAUAUGAUUGAAGAGAAUUUGUCCUUGAUUUCAAAUGGCUUGCCAUUGAUGGACUGCGAUGUAUAUUAUGAAGAAGAUGAGAUUGAUCAUCUGCUUUCAUGUGUAAAGAGGCCUGCUGAUUCUGAUUAA